AUGCCAGCAAAGCGUAAACCCCAUCCUGCUGGCUGCGCCCCAAAACCCACCACUGACACAGACUCAUCUACGAUAUACUUCUACCUCCCCAACGCCCGCCCCUACGGCGUCUUCUGUCAAUGGCACCCAAGCCCCUUCAACAUCCCUACUUCCUCUCUACGUUUCCUCACGCACUCCGCCCCUCGCCCACCCCCGAACCACCCAACCGCAUCGCAAAUCCUCGCCACCCACGCCCCCAGCAUCCCCUUCACCUGCGCCGAGCAAUCCCUCAUGUUCUGCAAAGCGCUGUACUUUUCCUCCCCGGAUAUGUGCGCGCGCAUCAUGGCGAGCGCGGACCCCGCGAUACAUAAGAAGCUCGGGCGCAGCGUGCCUGGCUUUUCCGAGUGGAAGUGGGACCGGGUGAAGAGAAGGGUUGCACGCGUGGGGAAUUGGUACAAGUUCACAGAUGGCAGGAAUGAGCGGAUGAGGAGGGUGUUGUUGGGGACGGGAGGGAGGGAGAUUGUGGAGGCGAGUCGCAGGGAUCGGGUUUGGGGGUGCGGGUACAGUGAGGAAGAGGCGGAGGUGCAUAGGGAGUUGUGGGGGGAGAAUCUUUUGGGGAGGUGUUUGGGGGAUGUUAGACGGAUAAUUAGGGAGAGGGAGGUAGAGGGGUGGGGAGAGUGGGAUGGGGAUAUGGGGGAGGGUGGGGAGGACAACGAGGGAAAGAUGAAGAUUGAUGAGGAGGAUAAUGAGAAUGACAGAGAUAUUAAGGAUCGCAUGGAAGACUUGUCGCUGGGCGAUACGAUUCCCCCGACAUGGUUGCGUGAUGGCACUUUGUACUUCUAG